ACUCAGAUCGGCAAUGAGUCAGCCACCUGAACUGCCAACCGCGUGCGACAUGACAUAUUCAUAUAUUACAAAACGACCCCUCAUCUUGGACUUUGACUAUUUGAUUCGUAAACAACAGUCUGCUUGGCGUAACAGCAAUAUGCGGCCUCCGCCCGCCAUCGCCCUGUUCGCCAGACCCAUCGCUGAGUGACAUCCGCAUGCUAGCGAGAUAAUAUUACAGGAGGCGUUCAAUUAGAGACUCCGCUUACGAGGAAAGGACCGACUUUAUUGAUUCGAGCGUGUUGCUCACUUGCUGAGCUCGCCCUCGUUACUUCAGCUCUAACCGGUCCGGGUAUAACACGAUGUAUGACAUAUCUGGGCGUGUGGAAUGUAUGACUUGCCGUUGCCAGGGCUAAAAGCAGGGCACGAGCCUCGCUGCGCUUCCAAGCGCCGGGGCGCGGCGCGUGCACCCAGUUGAAGCUGCUAUGCACAAGACAUGCAAUCGCGCGCGCGGCACAGUCAUGCGAUGUCGCUGGAGCUGGCUGACAAAGCUGACAUUGCUAGUGACCAUCGCUGUACAGCUGCGGGCGCCACCCCUGGUUGGCGCUAGCUCUGGCGUCGAGAUGUUCUUGCAGUCGGUCUCAGACGGCGGAAAUUCAGCUUCAGAUGGUCCUCUGGAGGUGCCGCUUCGUGUUGACCUGGCGACAGUGUCUCCUGGCUGGGGCGACCUCGGAUUGCUCAGGGCCGCCACCGGCAUUUGCCCCGCCGAUGGCAGCUGCGCCAUGUGUGACUUCGUGGAUGAAAACCCCUGCCAGGUGGCUGACGCAUACGGGGCGGAAGCGGGCCUGUGUCAGCUGCCUGUGUUCCUGGGCGGGUCCACGCCGCCCGAAAAGCUGUGUGGCAUGGGCGCUACUGCGGAGGUCUUCUUGUCGGGCGACAGCAGCAGUGGCGCGGGCCCGGCGGCGGCUGUAGCCACGCUCACGGCCUUCCGCACCCGCGACAGCCAGCUGGUGCUGACCCUCACCACCCGCUGCGGCUGGGUUCUGGUGCCGUACGCAUCACAGCACGACAGCGGCAGUAACGGCAGUAGCAGCAGCAACACGGGGACCCGCCCUGGCGCCAGCGGCAGUAGCAGCCGCCGCAUGCUUGGUGGUGCCGCCGCGGCAGCUGGGAGCCAGGGCCGGCAGCUGCUACUGGCGGCAGCUGAUGCGGAGCAGGACAGUGCGGCGGAGCAAGCGCCCGCGGCGCCUGCGGCGGUGGUACUGGAGGGUACGGCGCAGUACGGCGGCCAGGAGCUGUACUUUGGUGCGCCGGCACGCGGGUACGGCGGAUCUAACGAUUCAGGGGACGGCGGCGCGGCUGACGUGGAGGAGCGCUACGCCUGCUGCAGCGCGGCACUGCCGCUACGCGGCCUGCCCAGCAGCUGCGGCGCCCUGGAGCUGACACUGAGCCUGCGGCUGGGGUUGAAGCGGCUGGUGCUGUCUGGCCCAGGCGCCAGCGUCAGCGGCGGCAGCGGGAGCGGGGAGGACGGGGGUGGAAUGGGUGGGGAGGACUGGGUGGAUUGUGUGGAGGCCGCCUCGGAGGACGGCACGCCGGAGGGGCUGCGCUGGGCGGAGGUGCAGCUCGACAUGCGGCCGCCGCAGCUGGGCCGGCGCGUGCAGCAGGCGGUUGCGGAGGCGACGGCGGAGCAAUCGCGCGCCGCCGCCGACGCUCGGGCGCAGGUGUUCAGCAACGGCGCUGCCGCCUCCUCCUCGUACACAGCCACUCUGGACCCACGCACGCCCGCCUCCGCCGCAUGGCUCGAGUCCUUGUCCCGGCAGUUCCCGCUCGUGUCCACCUCCACCACACACCAGAGCCUGGCCUUCCUGGUCGGAGCCCUGCGCUCCAACUCAGCCGCCGCAGCCGCAGCAGCGGCAAGCGGCAGUGGCAGUGGCAGUGGUGGUGGCAGUGGCAGUGGUAUAGUGCCGCUGCUGCCAGCGGGACUGACGUUGGAAAGCUGCGGCGCGCGAUCCAUCAGUCUGGUGGCUUCAGCGGUGGUGGCGGCGCUGGCUGGGCUGGGGGUGGGGCAGCAACACAUUGCGGACGUGGUGUGUAUUCAGCCACCGUACGGGGCUGUGGCGUCGUUCGAGCUGCCUCCCUGCGCGCGCGAUGCGGCGGUGCUUUUCAAUGUAUCCCUCGAGAUGCCUCUCGCGGGCAGUAGCAGCAGCGGUGGCAGUAGCAGCAUUGCUGGCAGCAGCACCGGCCUGGUCGGCACUACUGUGCCGGCCGGGGCUGCGCCGGCGGACCCACAGGCGCUUGCGGACGCACUGACGGCCGCGGCGUUUGCGGCGCCGUGGACGUGUCUAUCGGCGGAGGGCCAGAUGCGCAUGUUCAGUACGGUGACGCUCAGCGUGCAGCUGCCGCGGGGCCCCGGCGAUGGUGCGGUGCAGUUGGACCCAAACGUGCUGCUGCCUGGAGGUCCUGCGCUACAGCCGGGCAUCUCAUCGCCGGCGCCUGCUACAGCCGCCGCUCCCCGCGCGUCCGUGCCUAGCGGCAGCGCCAGUGACGGCGGCAGCAGCUCGCUAAGCGUGACCGAGGUGACCGCCGUGGCAGUGGCGGUGACGUUGGCAAUCGUGGUCGCGGUGAUGGCAUUCUUUGCCAUCCGCACUGUGCGGCGCGCGAAGGCGGCGGCGCGUGCGGCACAGGAUGCGGCUGUGGCGGCCGCGGCAGCAGCAGGAACCAGUAGUGGUGGUGGAGCUGGCAAUGGCGGCGGCGCAGCAGCCGCGCCCCCGGACCAUAAAUUGUCAUGGAUUGAGGUGCCUGAGCACUCGCUGCCAGAGGAUGUCACCAGUAUGGCUGCGGCUGCGGCGAUGGCUCCCGGCACUGGCGCCUACCCGCUGUCUGUUUCCAGGGUGGGAGGAGGCAGCGUGAGCGCCGGUGGCGCAGCGCCGCAGCAGGGCGGCCCCUCUUCGCUGCUGGCACCCGCCACGCGGCCGCACCACAGCUCCUUCAGCGCUGGCGGCAGUGGGGCCCCAGGCCGCUCCGCCCACGCGCCUGCCGGUGCCUCUGCCAGCCGCCAGCAGCCGCAGGACGUGGACCUGAGGGAGGUGCACGUGCACAGCUGCGCCGGCGUCGCGCCUGAAUCCACAGGCACCGGCGGUGAGGACGACGCGCCCCUGAUCUCUGUCCGCUCGGCGCCGCCGCCGCUGCUGCAGCGCCCUGCAGCGCUUGCGCCAGCGUUGGCAGCGUCGCCGGCUGCUGCAGCUGCGCGGCGGCUGCCACCGCCGCUGCUGGGGUCGGCGUUCUCGUCGCCGCCGCCUGACACGGCAAAGCGAGCGAUGAUUGCGCCAGAGGGUGUGCGGCUGUGGACAGAGGAGGAGGAGGAGGACAGAGGCGCAGGCUACUUGGCCUGUGGUUCGGGUGGGCUGCCGGCUGUGGAUGGGCGCGCUGCGCCGCUGCAGACUCCACCGGCGCCCGCACCGGCAGCAGCUGCGGCGACGGCAGCGGCUGCCUCCUGGCCUGCCAGCGGGCCCCCGUGCCCUGAGGCGUCUGGACAGUUCGCGGUCGCUGUGGCCUCGGCAGUCGCCGCCUGUGCCGUGCUCGCUGCAGAUGCGGCGCCUGUGGCUGACGCCGCCGCAGAGGCAGCAGCGGAGGCAGCGGCUGCAUCUGCCUUUCCCGCCAUGGCCACUGCCACUGCCACGGCUGAGCCCGAAGCCAAAGGUGGGGCUGCCAGUCGUCAGGCGUGUUUGGCGGUGAGCAGCACGUUCGACAGCGAUGAUGUCGCAGCGCCAGAACAUGCUGUAGACGCAGCGGCCGCGACCCCCGCUGCCGCAGCUAACCCCUUAGGAUGGAUAGUGCCGGUUACGGCGGCGGCUGAGCUGCAGAGCCCUUUCCUCGGCACGUCAGAGCGCGAGGACUGCGGCGGCCGCGGCAGUGGCCCUCCUCAAUGCGGCAGUGACCAGCAGCUGCGGAAACAAAAGGGGGCGGAGGAGGCGCCAAUGCAAUUGGCUGGCGUGCGUGAAGAGGCGCUCCCACCCGCCAUUUCGUCGGUAGCGGUUGCCCAAGCGUCAGUUCCUGAGGCGCCUGUCGCGCUGGCUGGCAUGAAGGAGCGAGACUCUCAGCAGGCUCGGGAGCCGCCCCCCACGGACCGCGGCAGCAGCCCAUUCGGCAACAGCGCUAAGCUCUCAGGGCCGCUUGGCGUGCUGAACGCCGAGGCGGCGGACGCAGCAUGUGCGGCCGACACGGAUGAUGCUGACCUGUUCACAUUGCGCCCGCCGUCUGCACUUACCAGCCAUAACGCCAGCGCCAACGUCAGCCGCAACGCCAGCGUGGGCGGUGCAGGAGACGGAAGCAGUUAUAACGGCACCCUGGCUGGCUGCGCUUGCGUAGCUGGCAGUAGCAGCCGCCCCGGUUCGGGUGGCGGCGCCGAGGACGGCAGCGACGGCGGCGGUGCUGCUGCCGCCGCGGCGGCCGCGCCGGGCCCAGCACCUAUGUCAUACUCGACCGGCAUGCCGCAGUCGCUCCUGGAAGCCGCGUUCGAGGCGGCCGCUACAGCCGCAGCGGCGGCCGCAGCUGCCGCUGCUGCUGCCGCGACGGGGACCAGCACGACCGGCAGCGGCAUCUCCAGCGCGAUUAGCCUAAAGCACAAGCGCAGCAUGAGCGUUUCGUCUCUGCCCAGCAUCGCUGAGGAUGAACAGGCGCCGGCGGCGGAGACGAAGCGGCACGAGUCCCGAAGGGUCUCCACUAGCACGGGCGGCGCUGCCGGCACUGCCAGUACGACAGCGGGAGGAAACACUCGCUCGGCCGCAGCGAUGGAGGCGACGGCAGCGGCAGUGGCCCCGGCUGUGAAACGUGCAGUCGCCGUGGCGUUGAAUGGCCUGCUUGGGUCAGAGCCGGGCUUGGCGUCAGUGGUCGCGUCGCCGGCCGGCGCCGCUGCCACAGGUGCUGUCGCGGGCCCCAAGACAACAGCACAGGAGGGUGCCAAUGUACCAGAAGCGCCGCCGUCAAUCCCCGCGACUGCCGCCGCUGCUCCUGCUGCUGCAGCCACCACCGCACAACCUACGGCUUCCUGCGCCAGUGCCGCCGCUGCACGCCGGAGCGUCGAUGCGCCGAAGGCGCCCGCCACCGCCGCCACCGUUGCCACCGCCGCCACCGCCGCUACAGCCGGUACCGCCGCCAACAUACCGGCUGCCUGCACGACCAUGUGGACCAACGUGCUGUUUGACACGCCCGCCGCCUCCGGUAAGAAGCGCCGAGCUAAUAAGGACAAGGCGGCAACGGCGGCGGCAGCGGCUGGGGACUCCCAAUGCAGCAGCGCUGAGACCAGCGCUGGCGGCGCUCCGCCGCCGGAGGCAGCAGCGGAGGCGUCGGCAGCAGCGGAGGCGGUGGAUGCCUCAGUUGUGACGACGGCAGAGCCAGUGGCUGCCAACGCGGCGGCGUCUUCGCUAUCUGGCAGCGCCGCCGGUCUUGCACCGGAGGUGGUCGCGUUCCUUUCGGAGCGUGUGAGGCAGAGCCGCACCCGGGACGAGGGCGCUUAUGCCGCGGAUGCCGGCGCCGCAGGCGCUGCUUCCAUCACCACAGGCAAGGCCGCAGCGGCAGCGGCGCGCGCGGCGGGCUCUGCUGAGGGCACCGGUGUCGGUGACGGCCCUCACCAGCUCGUGCCUCCCUCGCCGCCGCCUGCUGGUGACGCUACGGGUCGCAACAAUGACAGCACAGGUGCCGCCGCCGCCGCCGCCUCGGCCGCCAUCUCGGACACCAACACCUCGACAGUCAGCGCUGCUGACACAGCCAGCAUGGUUGCCAAGCUGCUCGCGUCCAGCUCACGCCCCGCUUCGAAUGCCGGCGCGCCCAUCCUAUGCAAUGCGAGGUCGCCUGUGCUGCACCAGCAGUCUUUGUCGCCCACCAAGCGCGGCAAAGGCGCAUUUCGCCGUUCCACCAGCAUUUCUGCCGCCUCGCCUACCGCAGUCGAGCACGCCAGCAGCCCCUUCAAGCAGGAUUCCGCCGCUGCCGUGGCCGUGUCGCCUGUGCCGGCUGCGGCUACCGAAUCCCCGGGUGCCAAGGCCCCAGCAUCAUGCAUGAGCGCGGGCACUGCUGAGUGGAUGGAGCGAAGCAGGUCGCUGCGUGACUCAUUGCAGAACGCCCGCAGCUCUAUUCAGGGCGUCCUGGCGGCGCGCGCUGCGCGCAACGUGCCGCACCCUGCCGGCCCCACUGCGGCCCUGGUCCUCGCAAACACAGGCCCAGGCGCGGGCGCCGGAGCGGGCGCGGGCGCGGGCGCGGGGCUGGGCCAGGGUGCCCCUGCCGGUGCUGUGGUGUCGGCAGCAGCCGAGGCGCUGGCGGCAGGCCGCCGAGCCGACCAGGGUCCGUCAGUGGCUGUGGAAGGAGGCGGCGGCGGCGGCGGCGGCCGCGGCGGCGGCGGCGUCAGCGCUCGUGCGGCGCCGGGUGCGCGGCUGGCAGCUGUGCGGCUGGCUGGAAACAUAGCGCCAGCGUUCGUAAGCACGAGUGCGGCCGGUGCGCCUGCAGGAGCUGGCGGUCCGACCCUAGCAGCGGUCGUGACCGCGUCCAUAGCGGAGCCUCCGAGUGCGACCUCUCCUGCUGCUGCGGCGGCGGCUGCGUCAGGCGCCGGUGGCACUAAGCCAGGGUGGAGGCGUUAGGCCUAUCAGGGAACCUGAAUUCCAACAAAUGACUGUGGCUGCUGAUGGGUCUGGAAACGUUGUCAAGCUGUUAUGGCGGCUUUACUAGCUUGUGGGCCAGCCCGUUUGAGGCUCGAAGCACAUGGGUGCUUGGAGGAGAAAGGCUGAGACGCCUUCAUGCGUGCACUUGUCCGGCGUGCUUGAGUUUGACUGUGCAUGGCAGAGCUUGCUGAGAGCAACAGUAGUACAGCGCAUUUGCGCUGCAUGUUCAGGAACAGGGGAUCCCUUGUUCAGGAAUGCAGGUAGAUAGACUCUCCGCACAUACUUUUGCAAGGGAGGGAACAACCGAUACACAUGCCAAAUACAUUGCGCACACGGUCUGGCGGAAAUAAGUCAGUCGAGGCCCAGCGUCACAUCAACAACUACCAGGAUGGCAUUGAUUCGUAGUACACCGUCCGAACAGCCGAGCCUAACCGAGCUGGCUAUGCGACGUGAUGGUUGGUGCGCGCAGUUGGCGCCUGGCGUGCUGCCCGUCCUAUUCUUUGAGACGCUAAAUCUUGGACUUGCACUGGUAAGGUCCCUGGGUGCUUUGCGCUGCUUUGCGCGGAUAACUGAGACCUUGGUGGGCCGACACAGGACUGUGUAACUGAACAAGAGCAGAGAGCCCGUAGCUAGGCUUGAUACCUAUCACGCACAGUCAAUCGGCUGCAUGCCGGCUUAAUAAUAAGUCUUGUUCUUGCUGUCAUGAUAUUGCAAUCGAGCGUGCUGCAGGUUGCACAGCGGUAUGGACUUGUGUGAGGUGUCGUCAUGGGUAUGAGAAGGUGUGGGGUAUGUCCGGCCAAGGUCUGCCUUGUGCCCUUACAUUGCAGGAACGCCGGGUAGUCAGAGGGCUUAGGGUGUGCAGGCGGCGCGAGCAGCAGUGACGCCGUUGUCUCAUUGGGCCGGUGGGAGUGUCGCGGGGUCAACACCAGCAUACCUUGCCUGCGUGGCUUGCUUUCCAGCGCUUCUGGGUCUGGGCCAAUAAAUUGGUUGGGGCAAAACUCGUCUGAACACGCAAUGCCUGCACGGGCGUACGGUGGCUAGAUGGCAUCGGUGUGCGGGAAACGCGGAGAAGCCGAAAGGAGCGGCUUGAGGUGCGGGGAAACAGGACAACAGGAACCGAAUAGGGCGGGCAAGGCAGGAGAUGGUUAUCAUGGCAUAGCUUUACUGGUGCGUAACCGCACGCUCGUUAGUAACCUCUCGGGCUGCUAACUGCUGCUGCCUACGGUGCUUGUUGGCAUUAACAUGCGGGGGUGGUUUUGUCUGUAAUCGCCCAAGGGU